UUUACAUUUUUCUCACAAAGAAAGUGACUGGCAAUAGAGCAACAACUGAAUACAUACCGCAAAAUUGAUCUGAUCUGAGAUGCAUUCGGUCUUAACUACUACUACAUUAUUGAUGACGACAACAUUUCCAACAAUUCAAAUCGAAUGGAAUGCUGACAAUUCGUCUCGAUGGUGCGCUUUCAGUGGAAAUGAUUUAUCUAGUGCUCUAACGAAGGCCGAAGACUGCCAAGACCUCUGUACAUCGACUUAUGGUUGCACACACUAUACUUGGACCGAUUAUAAUUCCGGAACGUGUUUUAUGAAAACGAAUAAGGUGUCGAAGACAGAGGCUUUUCUCAAACUCGAUCAGAAUUCUUUGUGUGGCAUCAUUAGUGAUUCAGACGAUCAGUUAGUCGACUGGAAUGGAAGCGAUUCAGCUCGUUGGUGUGCUUUCAGUGGAAAUGAUUUAACGAAUGCUCAAUCGAAAUCAGAAGACUGUGCCAACAUGUGUGCGUCCACACAGAAAUGUACGCACUUCACUUGGACUGAUUUUAACAGUGGUACCUGCUGGAUGAAAACCAACAAAGUGUUGAAAAGCGAAGCCUUUCCAAAGAAUGAUCAAAAUGCAGUUUGUGGAGUUGUCGGCUUAUCAGGGGGACGUUCAAUAACGUUUCUGAAUCGAUGUAAUUAUCCCAUUUGGAUAAAUCCUUUUCCGUCUUUGGGAAAUGGAAUCCAACGACUAGAACAGAAUGCACGAACAACGUACAAUGUUCCUGAUUCUGGAUGGAGAGGUCGUGUUUGGCCGAAAACUGGUUGCGACAACAAUGGUCAAAACUGUGCCGUCGGUCAAUCUAUACCUCCAUGUCCUAGUACAGGGUGUCAACCACCAGCUGAAACAAAAGUUGAAUUUUUUUAUCCAGCUACGAACGAUCGAAAUGCUGUUUGGUAUGAUAUCAGUUUAGUUGAUGGUUACUCUUUGCCUAUGGAAAUCAUUCCCGAUAAGCAGGAAGGAUCAUGCAUCACCACUAAUUGUGCGAUGAAAUUGGAUUCAUGUCCUUCAAAUGAAAAUUUAGUUGGUGAUUUGAGGGUAAUUCGAAAUGAUCGUGUUGUACAGUGUUUAGCACCUUGUAAAAAAUGGAACUUCCCACCGCCAUACGGUAUGGGUAAAUCAGAACGAAUUGAUCCGGGAUUGCAUCUGUGUUGUCCUACACCACCCAUCAGUCCUCAUGAGUGUACGGCAGGCGUUGUUACUCAAACUCAAUACGUAAAUUUAAUACACCGUGACUGUCCAACUGCAUAUAGCUAUGCGUAUGAUGAUGAAGGAGGUCUGCAUAACUGUCCGAAUCCAACUAAUUUUAAUGUUAACAUUUGCUAAACAACAGCGUAUUCAUUGUCACUAACUUUUCUUAAUUACAAAGCAGCGAUAAUAAUUACAAUCUUGA